GCAAUUGUUUCUGUCACUUUACCCCGAACACUCUCUGCUCUCGCCUUAUCCCGGCACUCCCCCUCCCAUGUUUCUGUUAUGCUGCCCCCUCGCCUUCCAUGCCCUUGAACCCCACGACGCUCGUCUCCGCUACCUCCAUCUCCGCCGUGAAAUCCCUAAACGCUUCCUUGGCUUCUAUCCUCUUCGUUUGACAGUUCCUUCACGGAGUAAUGGGUUCCCUUCUGCGAGCACUUCGUUAGAACUGCAUCCUACGCUUCACGGGCGUGAAACGAGAGGCAAAGCAUUAGUGCCCACUUUCCAAGAGGCUAUUCAUCGCCUUCAGGAGUAUUGGGCUUCAGUUGGGUGUUCGAUAAUGCAGUGUAGCAACACAGAGGUUGGAGCGGGUACCAUGAAUCCAUUAACUUUCUUGCGUGUUCUUGGUCCGGAGCCCUGGAAUGUUGCGUAUGUUGAACCUAGUAUACGUCCAGAUGACAGUCGCUAUGGGGAUAAUCCUAACAGGCUCCAGCGCCACACCCAAUUUCAGGUUAUCUUAAAGCCUGAUCCUGGGAAUGCACAGGACCUCUUCAUCCAUAGCCUUUCAGCAUUAGGAAUCAAUGUGAAAGCACAUGAUAUUCGCUUUGUUGAAGACAAUUGGGAAAGUCCGGUUCUUGGUGCGUGGGGUUUAGGUUGGGAAAUAUGGAUGGAUGGGAUGGAGAUAUCACAAUUCACAUACUUUCAGCAGGCUGGAAGCCUCCAAUUGCAGCCUGUUUCUGUUGAAAUAACUUAUGGCUUGGAACGUAUCUUAAUGUUGCUGCAGGAGGUAGACCAUUUCAAGAACAUAAAAUAUACUGAUGGAAUUACAUACGGCGAGAUCUUUUUGGAAAAUGAGAAGGAAAUGAGUGCAUAUUACUUGGAGCAUGCGAGUGUGGAACAUGUACUCAAGCAGUUUGAAAACUUUGAGGAAGAUGCUCGAUCAUUAUUGGCACUUGGGCUAGCUAUUCCCGCGUAUGAUCAGUUGUUGAAGGCCUCUCACAAUUUCAAUAUCCUAGAUUCUAGAGGCUUUAUUGGUGUUACUGAACGUGCUAGAUAUUUUUCUCGCAUGCGCAGUUUAGCUCGAGAAUGCGCUCAACUAUGGGUGAAGUCAAGAGAGAUGCUUGGUUAUCCCCUAGGCAUUUCUUCUGAUGGAAACAGUGCUAUAUUCCCUAAAAUUCUUGUUACCGAGCAAGUAAAGCAGGUAUUGCAAGUUCCCAGUGCCUUCGUUCUUGAGAUUGGAACCGAAGAAUUGCCACCUCAUGAUGUAGUUGAAGCAAGUGAGCAAAUUAAAAGCUUAAUUUUGUUGACGCUAGAAAAACGGCGAUUAUGCCAUGGAGAAGUUGUGGCUCAUUGUACACCACGUCGAGUUGUGAUUUACAUUGAGAAUCUUAGUUCAAGGCAAGGAGAUAGUGAGGUUGAGAUACGUGGGCCACCAGCUGCAAGGGCAUUUGAUUAUGAUGGAAAUCCUACUAAGGCUGCAGAGGGUUUUUGUCGUAAAUACUCUUUACCAACUGAUUGUCUAUAUAAAAGAUUUGAUGGCAAAAUAGAAUAUGCUUACGUUCGAGUUAGGGAAUACACACGAAGUGCUUUGGAGGUUUUGGCUGAGGAUCUGCCAAAUAUUUUAUCUAAAAUAUCAUUUCCAAAAUCAAUGCGCUGGAAUUCCAAGGUCAUGUUUAGCAGGCCAAUUCGCUGGAUACUGGCAUUACAUGGUGAUCUUGUUGUUCCAUUUAUCUUUGCUGGAGUUUCAAGUGGGAAGCAAUCCCGUGGCUUGCGUAACUCACAUUCAGUUAUUCUAGAGGUGGAAACGGCAGAAUCCUACUUUCCUACAAUAAAGAAAGCUGGAAUCUUGAUUAGUAUGAAGGAGCGUAGGGACAGCAUUUUACAUGAUUCUAACUUAUUGGCUUCUAGUGUUGGAGGUAAACUUGCUAUACAGGAUAACUUGGUGGAAGAGGUCAUUAAUCUUGUUGAGGCACCAAAUCCAAUACUUGGAAGCUAUGAUGAAUCCUUCCUUGAGCUUCCUAAAGAUAUAUUAAUAACGGUCAUGCAGAAAUACCAGAAGUACCUUCCAUUGACUGAUGAAUCAGGCAGCAAGCUACUGCCAUUCUUUAUAGCUGUUGGGAAUGGUAUUUUAAACGAAAGUGUAGUUCAAAAAGGAAACGAAGCUGUGCUGAGAGCUCGCUAUGAGGAUGCAAGGUUUUUCUAUAUGAUGGAUACUAAGAGGAAGUUGUCUGAAUUUCGAGGUUCCCUGAAUGGCAUUCUUUUUCAUGAAAAGUUGGGGACAAUGCUUGACAAGAUUUCUCGUGUCCAGAAGAUAGUUACUAAAUUAGCUCCUGCACUGGGCAUGGGUGAGGAUGCUUUUCCUUUUGUUGAAACAGCUGCAGCACUGGCCAUGUCCGAUCUUGCAACAUCAGUUGUGACAGAGUUCACUUCCCUUUCUGGAAUAAUGGCACGCCAUUAUGCUUUGAAGGAUGGUUAUCCAGAGGAGAUUGCAGAAGCACUUUUCGAGAUCACUCUUCCCAGAUUUUCGGGGGAUUUACUUCCAAAAACUGAUGCGGGGAUAGUUUUAGCGAUCGCUGACAGAUUAGAUAGCCUAGUGGGCUUAUUUGGUGCUGGUUGUCAACCUAGUUCAACAGCUGACCCCUUUGGCCUUCGAAGAAUCUGUUAUGGACUUGUUCAAAUACUGGUAGAGAACAAGAAGAAUCUUGACUUGAGUAAUUCUCUAAGGCUUGUGGCGGACGUGCAGCCCAUAGAUAUUGAUGACAACCAAAUACAAGAUGUAUUUCAGUUUGUUGCUCGGAGAUUAGAACAGCUUUUG